AUGGAGGCGCGCGAGAUCAACUCCUUCUAUCGUUCUCAUGGCCCCAAUUCCCGCAGCACCGCUUCUCACGCCGCCACCAGUAGCAGCACCGGCAGCGGUAGCGGCGGCGGCGACGGCGGCGGCGGCGGCGGCGACGGUGGCGGCGGUGGCGCACGCAACGAUGCCCGUCGCGCGGCCUCAAAUAACAAGCUCGAGCCGCAACCAGCACGCGACGUGGGCGACGCGCGUCAACUACCGAUUGGGCGUCGCGGCAAUGGCGCUAGUACCACCACCGCUGCCUCGUCGUCCCUCCUCGACCGCCGCAAUCGCCGCUCCCUCGCCCCAUUGGCCACUGCUGGACUUACUAUCACAGCCCGCGCAGUCAGCAAUGCGAACCCUAGCAGCAGCAGCAGCCGAAGCGCUCGGAGUAACGCCGCGCGUAUCGCCAGCUCGUCGAUCGCCGCGAUUCACGGAGAGCCGGCUUCCGCGAGAGGAGUGCGCCGCGGUCCAGCCGUCUGGGAGGAGCAGCAGCCGUCAGGAAGUCGGUCGGCGCGGUACGUAUCAGCCGUCAACGUUGACGAUGACGACAGGAUGCGCUAUUCUCCGCCACCCCAUCCGCUUCAACGCGAACCCCUUGCGCCGCGUCUUAAGGUCGCUAAGUCGCCCGACGACAGCACGUCGCCUACUAGCGACGCGGUAACGCCGCGAUCCAUGGCGGGUUUCGCGUCAAGACGGUCGGCUAACUCUCGCGCGCGAAGCGGCCCGUUAGCGCCUCGGAGGAGACCAAGAGAAGACGCCGCGGUUCGCGACAUGAGAGAUCGCGACGUGGCGCGCUACGACGAGAGCGGGUCGCGAUCUGCCAAGCUGGCGUAUCUAGCGGGAUUACCGUGGACGCCGACAAACGGUGCGAGCGGGACGUUACCGUUGGUGAGCCCGAUGGACAGUCGCGCAAUUCGUCGCAUGAGGAGUGCGACGAACGUGCAGACUGAGCUGCGACCGAGGGGCGCGUCGCCGAAGGACGUGCGACGGAAGAAGCGGGUCAGCAUUGGUCUCCAACCCACGACGCUAGACCCCCCCUGCCCUGACCCCUCCACGCUCCCCCUCUCCUCCUCCUCCCCUUCUUCCUCCUCUCAAUCUCACACUUCCCGCUCCCCUUCCUCUCGCCCCCUGCCCCAAACUGUCUCUUUUCCCCCCAACCCUGUCUCUGUUCCUGUCACUUCCGCCUCCUCCGACGCGCCCUCCCCCGGUGCUGACGGCGCUGCGUCCUUUUCCCCGUCGCCACGCCGCGCACGCUGCGCGUCGUCUAUGUCUAUAGAUCUCUUUUCUCCGUGCCGCAUAGCGAGUACAAGCUUGUAUCGACACCGCCUGACGAAGAGCCAUGGCGGCGGAUUGGAAAGCGGCGAUUCUCGCAAGCCGUCCUUCCCCCGCCCCUUGCUCUCUCCCCCGCUUCCGCUCCCCCCUUCCGACGGGUCUUCCGCCGUCCCUUCCCCCGAGUCCAAACCUGGCGGAACGGGCCGCGGAAGCGGGCGGAGCAGUGGCGCAGGCGGCGGAACCGGGGGCGGAACCGGAGGCGGCGGGGGGGCGGAAAGGGCGGGGAAGGGGGAGCGGCCGUGGCAUGCGCCGAUUGACCCGUCGCCUACCACCCCCCUGCAGCUGAAGCUGAGUCCGUCCAACGGGCAAGAGGGGAGCGAUGAGGAGACGGCGGGGAGGUGCGUCGCGCGGGGCGCGCCGGAGGGGAGCGAUGGCGGAGAGUUGGAGGCGCCUCCGGGGGAAGAGCUUUCCGCCGCUUGCGCUUCCGCCGGUUCGUUUUCCUCCGGAACUUGUAGCGGAGACGGCGGCGAUAAACGCGCUGGCGUAGCUGCCCAGCUAAAUUUAUCUCUGCCCGGGUCUGGGUCUGUUGCUCCUCUUGACGAGAGCCUGUUCGAAGUGGAAGAGGCGGAGGAAGGAGAGGAGGAGGACGAAGAGGAGGAAGAGGAAGAUGAAGAGGGGGAGGAGGAGGAAGAGGAAGGAGAAGAGGAGGAGGAGGAGGAAGAGGAGGAGGAGGAAGCAGAAGAGGAGGAGGAGGAAGCAGAAGAGGACGAGGAGGGGGAAGUAAGGGUCGAGAGUGAGGGAGCAAGUGGGGAUAUGGACGAGAAUAGGGAUCAUAUGGGUGAAGUGGAGGAGGAGGAGGGGGAAGAGGAAGGGGACGGCGACAGAAGAAUGCAUACUGCUGCUGCUACUGCUGCUGCUACUGCUGCUACUGCUGCUGCUACUGCUGCUGCCACUGCUGCUGAAGCUACUGCCGCCACUGAUGCUACAGCGAUUGAAGCAGCUCCCAGCGUUUCUCCUCGUGACCUGAGGUCAGCAUCUGUGCCGGCUGCCGUGUCUGAAGCACAGCCACACAGCAAGCACGAGCACCACCGCUCGCGCUUCUUUCACUCCGCCUCUGGAAAACUCACCGCGUUUUUUCAAAAACUGCCCAAGAAGCUGCCCAAAAAUAUCCACCUCCUGACGUCCCCGCGUGGUUCGUCUGCGCAUGCAGCCGCCCAGAACGUGCGCCUCACGCCGCCCCAAUCGUUCCUUCCAAUCAAACCGCUUGCCACUCCAGUCCGCGCACUGCCGCCCAGUGACACCCCAUGCCGCCCCCUGGCGCCUGUGGAAACUUGUGGAGAGGAGAGGGGUAUAGGAGAGAAGGAGCAAGGGAGCUUGGUGCAGGAUGGGAGUGAAUGUCGCGAGCAGAGUGCAGGCAGCGGCGAGAGUCCCUGCAGUGUGGUUACCAGCAGUACCAGCAGUAGGGUUACCAAAAGUACCAGCAGUAGGGUUACCAGCAGCACGCGCAGCAGAGACGGCAGCCAUGGAAGCAGCAACGCGUGCAGCACGGGGAGCACAGUGGUUGCUACUCCCACACCCCAGAAAUGCUCCCUACAGGAAAGGGAAAUCACUGCUACUGCUGCCCUUCAGAGUGCCUCCCAGUCAGCUGCUUGUGCUGCGGCUGAUGCUCCCACCAGCACCACUGCUCCAACUAAAGCUCUCAUAUGCACUGUUGUUGCUGAUCAUUCCAAAAGCACCAUUCUUGCUGUUAAUUCUACCAGCAGCACCACUGCCACUGGUGGUAUUCUCAAGGGCGCGCACUGGGGGCUGAGCCGGGCGGCAGAUCAUAUCUUGGGGCAGGCGUACGAGGAUCUGAGUGAGAGAUACGCGGUGGAGGGGCGGCAGCUGGGCAGUGGGCAGUACGGCGUGAUUCGGCGGUGUGUGGAGGAGGGCACUGGGCGGGUGCUGGCGUGCAAGACAAUCGACAAGCGCAAGAUCAAGACCCCAGCGCAAGCCAGUGACUUGCGCAGCGAGGUGGCAACCCUGCAGCUGCUGCACGGGCACCCAUCAGUCAUCACUCUCACCGAUGCUCUCGAAGAUUCCCACCACGUGCACCUGCUCAUGGACCUCUGCUCGGGCGGCGAUCUUUUCGACCGCAUCUCGCUGGGCGGCGCGCUGAGCGAGCACUGCGCGGCCGGCGUGUGUCGGCAGCUAGCGGAGGCGCUGCUGCACUGCCACCGACGGGGGGUGGUGCAUCGGGACGUGAAGCCCGAGAAUAUCCUCCUAGUUGGAAGCCGAGGGGCAGCGAAAGGAGGCGAGAAAGGAGUGGAAGGAGGAGGAAACGGCAAGAUGCAAAAUGCCAAGGCUCCUCGGAUCAAGCUCGUGGAUUUCGGAAUCGCGAGGUUCUUCCGAGAUGGCGAGAAGAUGCGUGACUGCCUCGGGACUCCCGAGUACAUGGCUCCAGAGCUACUCCUAGGGUCAUACGGGCCUGAAGUGGACGUGUGGAGUGCAGGCGUCGUGACGUAUAUAGCCAUCUGUGGGCAUCCGCCCUUCUGGGCCUCAGCUUCCAUGGGCCAGUCGCUGCAGGAGGCGAUUCUGACACGGGAUGUGACGUUUGCGACGCCUGGAUGGGUGGGCGUUUCGGCGGGGUGCAAGGAGCUUAUAAGGAGGAUGCUGCAUAAGAAUCCGCGGAAGAGGAUUACGCUUCUGGAGGUGCUCGGUCACCCCUGGAUACGCAGCAGCGAGAGCAGCUGA